AUGGCCUCUCACAGCACAGGCUCCAGCUGGGGCUUCCCGGACGAUAUACCAGGUGGCUGGAGCCAGGAUGACAUCGAUGCGCAGCUCCACCACGAGAGUCCACCCAAGAACGAACCCAAGACUGAGCCAGGCAUCAAGACCGAACCAACUUCGGACGAGCACGGACAGCCAAUUGGUACUCAUCCACCCCAACAGCAGCAGCGAAGACACUACUCCCCCCGCACCUGCCGCAUCUGCCUCGACACCAUCCUCCCCACCUUCCACAACAACGAAGACGGCACAGCCGCCUCCCUCCUGCCCGAAGCCAUGCGACCCGCCCCCCGCGUGACCUACGAGUCCCCCUUUGGAGAUGGCGGCCGCCUGAUCCGCCCCUGCAAAUGCAAAGGCAGUCAGAAAUACGUCCACGAGGAAUGUCUCGGUGCUUGGCGGAGACAGGAUCCCCUGCAGAAGAGGAAUUUCUGGCAGUGUCCCACUUGUCGGUAUAAAUACCAUCUGCAGCGUCUGACGUGGGGACGGUGGUUGAGUAGUACUGCCUCUCAAAUCGCGCUCACACUUCUAAUAUUCGUGACGGCUAUGUUUUUACUUGGCUUCGUGGCGGAUCCGAUCAUAAAUCUCUACCUUGACCCCGUAGAGACAAUCACGACCGCUGGUGGGCCGACGGGGAGUCUAAUCUACGACGACGAACCGGCUUCGUGGAUCGAACAUUUCAUCAAGGGUCUCGCUUCCCUAGGCCUACUGGGUUUCGCCAAGUUCCUACUCACGUUAUCACCAUGGCAUUGGUUUAACAUGAGGAAUACGGGACUGGGGCUGGGCGGGAGGAAUAGCGGGAUGGGGAAUAAUGGCCGCGAUCGCUUGCAGGGUCUGAGCUGGAUCGCGAUUGUGAUUGGGGUUGUUACCGUCAUGUUUGCGGUUUGGAAGGGGGUGCGGUUGUGGUCGCGACGGAUGUUGGAGAGGGCGGGGGAGAGGGUGAUGGAUGUUCCGGGAACGGGAGAAGAUGAUGGUGAUGAUGAUGAUUGA